AUGAUCACAGCCAAACUAGCAGAGGAUCUCAGCCUCGGUCGUGUUCGGCUAGCCUCUAGGUCCUCCUUCGUUUCACCGCUUGGUUUAGUCCCUAAGCACGACGGGGGAUGGCGCCGUAUCCAUGAUCUAUCCUGGCCCCCUAGACAGGGCGUUAACCAGGGCAUACCGGACCCCUGGUCAGCUAUCGAAUAUAUGUCAAUCGAUGACAUAUACGAGCAGGUCAUACAAGCUGGCCCAGGUUGCACAAUAAUCAAGAGAGACAUUAAGGACGCCUUCCGAAUAGUCCCCGUUACCGAGGAUAAUUAG